AGGCGUCUGUUUGGUCGCCUCUGGCAGCCUCUACAGUCUUCAUCGGCAAAGAGUCGACCGGCAAAGAGUCGACUUCAUGUGACGGUCCCCGCUUACGCGGCGGGGGCGAGCUCGAGCCACAAUAGUUUUAUGGCCCUCCCGAGCUCGGAGCACUACCGGAGCUUUUGUCUACCACCAUGUGCUGUUUGGUUUUCGUGUCGGCAAAGAGUCGAAAUCCGGUCCCGACCCGUCGACUCUUUGCCGAUGAAGACUGUAGUCGCCUCGGCGUCUCUUGCGGCGACAGCCUUCACGGCCUUGCGCGCGGCGGCCCGGCCGGCCAGUCAAGCAGGCAGCAGCAGCUAGUUGAGAGCGGAGGACGGUCCAGUGGACUCCCAACGCAGCAGCGCGCCGAGAAGCGAGCGUCGAAAAUGAUUUCUUCUGAUAACGUGUCGGGCCGCACCAUGGUGGUGGCGGCCGUGGCUGCCGCGGGCGCCGCGGUGCUGGGGGUGGUGGUGGCGCGCAAGCUGCUCGAGGACAAGCGGGACAAGUGCCCCGCGGAGUCGGCCUGGCGGCGCGUCGGCACGGUCACCACCCUCCACGUGUUCCCCCUCAAGUCGGGCAGGCCCGUCGAGACCGACAAGCUGGUGGCCGGAGAGGCCGGGCCCACCCUGGGUAUUCUCCGGGACAGGUCUUUCGUGGCGGUUGAUCGCACUGGCCGCGCCGUCACUGGUCGCACACACCCCGGCCUGCUGACCGUGUCCAUCUCGCCCGCGACGGGCAAGGAGGGCGCCGUGGAGCUGCGCAGCACGCUGGUGGACAAGCCCCUCAUCCUGGACAUCUCACAGCUCAAGGCGCUCAAGGGCCGGAAAAUCGCGGUGUGGAAGUGCACCGUGUCCGGGGUGGACUGCGGCGACGAGGCCGCGGACUUCAUCCGCAAGGCCGCCGUGACCUCGGCGCACCCCGAGGGCUCCGCCGCCGCCGAGCUGCGCCUGGCCUUCUUCCCCUGGAAGGGCACUGACCGCAGCGGCCCCAUCAAGAGGUCGCGCGGCGUCUUCGGCAUCUUCACGGACGAGACGUCGUACCACCUGAUCGUCCGCUCGUCCGUCGACGCGCUCAACGAGAAGCUCGAGGUCCCCGUCAGGACGCUCAACUUCCGCCCCAACUUUGUGGUGGAAGGACCGGCCGCCUUCGACGAAGACGCUUGGCAGUACGUGCGCAUCGGCCAGGUUGUCUUCAAGAUGAUCCAUGCCUGCGGCAGGUGCAUGCUGACCACCGUUGAUCCGGACACCGGCAUUAAGUCGCCCACCACGGAGCCGCUGACCACCCUCAGGAAGUUCCGCCACCCCACCCCCGAGCAGAGGGCGCUGAUGCCGCCCAGCGACGGCCACGCGCCCGUCAUGGGGAUCAUGCUGGGCGUCGUGAAGCAGGGCGAGAUCUUCCUCAACGACGCCGUCUACGCGUACCCCUGAGCACCUUGCCUCCCUGCACCUGCGCGCAUCUAGUUCUAAGAUCAUCUUCCCUGUAAAUUAAGUAUUGUUUAUGGUUGUAUUUUCGUGCCGCCCAGUGCGAUUACGCUGGAAGGUGGCAAACUGCCAUCGGGAGAGUGGGUUAAAAUAAAUUGUCAUCAGUGA